GGACGCCGCCGAGGCGAAGCGGGAAUCGCGAAGCACUGCCGAGCGGGCAGGCGAGCAGUCCACGCGCCGCGCAGUCCGACAGUGCCGGUCCAAGUUGCAAGCGGCGGCAGUCGCGAAACAAGAGCAACCCAGGCAGGAAGCCAGGGCAGCCAGGGCUACCGGCUAUCGUGUGGCACUGCGUGCACUGCGUGGCCGCGGCAUGCGCGGGUCGCGGGGGUGGAGGAGGCCGCCAGCCUCGCGCUCUCACCAAGGGCAGCCCCGGCAGCCCCGCCAGGCCGGCCGAUAGAUAGAUAACUCCUUCACUUCAUUCCUCGGCACCCCGACCCCGUCACGCCCCAGUCUCCCAGUCUCGGCCCCGAUAAGCGGCCAGCAUCACGCACAGCAGCAGGCCGUCGGGCCGCCGACAGGCCCUGCAGGACGUCCUGGGCGCCGCCAACGAGGCCGCCAAGCACCACAGCAUGCCGCCGCCCACCUGCCCGGCGCCAAGGGCGGCCGCCCUCGUGGUCGCCGCCGGCCUCGUCAGCCUCCUCGCCGCGGCCGCCGCAAUCCCGAUGAUGUCGGAGAGGGUCCACUGCCACGUGUGUGGCGGUGAGGACCGGGACCACCGCGCCCUGUUCGCCGGACAGCCGCCGCCGCCGCAGUGCCAGCCGGAGCCGGACCUGGGGCUGCCCCGCGAGUGCCCGGCCGACUACAAGGGCUGCCUCACCAAGUUCGACGGCACGACGCUGACGAGGACGUGCGCGGAGCGCGCCUACGAGCCCUGCGGGGUGGCCAACGGGGUGGUGUACUGCUACUGCAGCGGCCGCCUCUGCAACGCGCAGACCGAGGCGGAGAUGCGGCAGCUACGAUGCGCCGCCCUCAAGCGGCGCCGCGCCCCCGAGGACGACGAGGACGCCGCCGUCGAGGACGCCUCGGCCGGCAGCGGUGACGGCGACCUCCCCGACCUCACCGACGACUGCGACGUCACGAGCAGGCAGCCGCCAGCCGUGACGACGGCGCGGUCCGACCCCGCGUCCACCGCCACGGUCUCCUCCACCACGACCACGCUCGCCCCCGGCGACGACCUCGAGUGGGGCAGCUCGUCCCAGGACAGCAUCGAGAUCACGCUGGAGGCCAACACCACCACCAACGCCACCGGCAAGGCCAGCGGCAGUGGCAGCGGCUCCGGCGACGCGCGCCGCACUCACGGCAGUGUGGUGUGCGUGCUGGGGGCGCUCUUCGUGGCGCUGCGCGUCUGGAGAGUCGAUGCCGCCCACUAGGGGCGUCGGGGGGCGUUGGGGGUACCACCCUUCUUUUUGAGAAUUAUUAGCGACCCUACGCGCCUGUGUAUCUUUGCAACCCCUUGGAAGAAAAAAACGCUGCCAAAAAAAGGGGGACGGCUGUGACCUUGAGGGUUCCCCUUCUUGGGCACCUGUGCUCAGUGCCACGGAUGGCGAGUACAAAACAAUGCACCACCCCAGAUGGCACCAAGAAGCACACUGCUGGCGUCAUGAACUAGUCUUAGUUUUUAUUUCGAACACAAUACUCAGUCCUAGAACUUUGAGGACCCGUAAUGCAUACUCAUACUUUAUUUGUGGAGCAUACAUUGAAUAUAUUCCAACCCUAAACAUUGAUAGAUCCCUUUGAUCUCUUCUGCCCCCAAUUCUCCUUGCACUUGGAUAAUAAUAAAACUAGACAGUUUUUCUCAUGCAUAUGUAUAUACCUCAGUUUGAAAAACUUUCCAUGUAUCUUAAGCCUCAAAGUAAUUUCUUGUGAUUAAUGUAAAUUAUUAUUAUGUAUUAUGUAUGUGUAUUAAUUUAUCUACGGCAUAGGUCAGCCAAACACAAUUUUUCUGUUUCAUUUGUUGUUGUUUUUUUUUUUUUUUUUUUGAUUGAAAGUGAUGUCUUGAAAGUUACAAUACUCGUACUUGCACUGGCACGAAAAAAAAAAAAAAUGGUAUGAGGUGCCAUUAGGUGAUGUUGGUCUAAGUUCAUUAAGUUAGUUCUCUAAUUUAGAAGGCUAGUGAUAAAAAAAAAUAAAAACCUGGUGUAAAACCCAAGUUUGGCUUUGUUCUACUCAGUCAUUUCAGCUUUAUGUUUUUAUUUGCGUAGUUACAGUAAGAAUGUUACUCGUAAAGAAAAAUUAAUAAAAAUAUUGAAAAUUCAAA